CGGGGGCAAACCAAAGGUCGGGUAUUUAUUUUAAGAGGGCGAUGUUUAUAUUUUUUUGAUUCUGUCAAAUGGCAAACCUCAGCCCGCUGGUCUACUGGUCGCAGACCAAACAAACGCUUCUGUUGAAAGUCGACCUCAAGGAUGCCAAGGGCGCCAUCGCAGACUUUUCACCGGUUUCCGUGAAUUUCAGUGCCAACGGACAUGGAGCCCGCGGAGUUAAUGCCUACAAAUUCGAGCUGCACUUCUACGCCCCGAUCAACGAUGACACGGCCACCUUUGUGGUCAGUGACAACAAGAUCGAGCUGCAGAUUCGGAAACUGGAGCCGGAGUGGUGGCCCCGCCUGGUGGCCACUCCGCAGAAGCCCCACUGGCUGAAGAUCGACUUCGACCGCUGGCGCACCGAGGACGACGCCGAGCUGGAGGAGAAGCCCCGCGAUGUGCGCCAGGACUACGGGAAGGAGUACGCCGAGCUCCAGAAGCGCGAGCUGGGUUACAUCAAGGAGAAAACGAAGAAGGUGUACAUGAUCUUCUACAACCUGGCCAUGUUUGUGGGCUAUCUGUAUAUGAUGGUCGUAGUGGGUGUGCUAUACUACCGUGAUGGUGCCGAUAGCAUCGCCAGGACCUAUAUCAACGUGGGAAACGCGUUCAAGUUCAUCCAGCUUCUGCAAUAUCUGGAGGUGAUGCAUCCCAUAUUCGGCUACACCAAGGGCAGUGCGGUCGUGCCCUUCUUCCAGGUGUCCGGACGCAAUUUCAUCCUGUUCCUAAUGAUUGACAUGGAGCCACGUAUGCACACAAAGCCCGUGGUGUUCUACGUAUUCAUAAUUUGGUCUCUAGUCGAAUUGGUUAGAUAUCCCUUCUACUUGGCCCAACUGCUUGGCCGCGAGGUGGGCCUGCUCACCUGGCUGAGGUACACUAUCUGGAUACCUCUCUAUCCCAUGGGCAUCCUGUGCGAGGGCAUCAUCGUACUACGCAAUAUUCCCUACAUCGAGGAGACGAAACGGUUUACCGUGGAAAUGCCUAACUCCUGGAACAUCACCUUCGACAUGGUUCUCUUCCUAAAACUGUACCUCCUGCUGCUGAUCCUGCCAGGCAGUUACUUGGUUAUGUCCCAUAUGGCUAAGCUGAGGUCCAAAAAGCUCGGGCGCGGACGUGCCAAACGCCGGCAGCACCUCCACGCCGACUAGUCGACACACUGCCGGGAGCAAGGUUCGUUCGACUUAUGGCAGCUCGUUUUCCUAUUUUUGUUUAGCGUAAGCAAAUAGUCCAAAGAAAUAUCUACAUCCACCUUACUAUUCUACAUUGACGUUCAUUAAAAUUUUUUAUCAUAUUGCAA